CACGAAAUCUGGAAAGAAGAAUUCUAAAUUAUAUAUACCAAGAUUUAUUCAAAGUACAACAUGAUUGUGUCACCAACCAAUGAAUUCCCAGAAUGCGCCCUAGGAUACCAACGUCCUCCAAGCACCGACAGUGGGAUCUCUACAUCACCAGAACCAGCUACCGUAUCACCAUCUUCCAAUUUUGAUUUUCCGCUUUUGGUUAGUCCAAUUCGACCAAACAAAUAUCAACUUCCAAUUCAACCUGAACAGAAUAAUCUUGAUUCAGAAGGUUAUCCAUUUCCAUUGGCGGCAUCGACGCCGGCACCGGCUUAUCUUGCCAGAGGCAGAAGAGUUACAAAUCAGAGAUUUCAUCCAUAUGGGCCACGACAAAAUAAAGAAGAUUCACAAAACUCCCAGCAGACUAUUGUACAAACGAAUUUACCUCAAACCGUGGAAGAUAUGACAAGUCAAAAAACCAUCAAAAUGCCUACGUCUGUCGAAAAGAGUCCUCAAGCUUCCAGCGAUGUCAAACCGCCAUAUUCGUAUAUUGCGUUAAUAGCAAUGGCCAUUGUACAGUCGCCACAUCGACGAUUGACUCUGGGAGAAAUAUGUGAAUUCAUUAUGAAAAGAUUUUCUUAUUAUCAGAAACGCUUUCCCGCUUGGCAAAAUUCAAUCCGACACAAUCUAUCACUUAACGAUUGUUUUAUAAAAGUUCCAAGACAAGCAGGUAUGGGGAAAGGAAAGGGAAACUAUUGGACAAUUGACCCGGCAGCUGAAGAUAUGUUUGAAAACGGCUCUUUUUUAAGAAGAAGAAAACGUUUCAAGCGGGCUGAAAACAAACUUCAAGAAUCCGUCUGGUCUGCAGCACAAAUUGAAAAUUCUAUAUAUUGUUCUAACCCAUCGCCUCAUACAAAUGCGAUGCAUUCACAGCAAAUUCAUGGCUACCAGCGCCAAAACUCUCCUUGUGUAUCAUUUCCCAGAUUAUCCCCAUACAACCUGGGAACAACCAAUAAUGAAUUUUAUAAUGCAUAUGAUAACCAGAGGGCUUUUCAAUUUGAAAACAAGCUUUCCGGCAUUCAGCAACAAUAUUUAUCGCCACACGAAAUGCUUAUAAGUCAAAUGACUCCAAACGUAAUGUAUCAGCAAAACUACCCUGGAUUGACUACGGCGCCAAAACCAGCAAGUAAUCAACAUCACAGUGCAUUUUCUAUCGAAUCCAUUCUUGGAAGUACCAAUGAAACAUACAAUCAAGAUUCCGCAUCACAUUAUGCACAUUUAGACCUUCAACAAAGGAAUUACGCCCAAUAUAUUAAUCAACAGGGAACUGACCCAAUAUACCCAACCCCACAACUUGCAUUAAAUCCAUAUAAAAUGUAUUGAAAUGUUACUUAAUGUUAAGUAUUUUCAACCAGAAUGAAUAAGUAAUAGAAUUUUAUUGUAUGCUGUUUCUAGAGUUCUAAUGUGCUAUACGUCCCCUUUCCAUAUAUACAAUGCGCAUGACGACUUCGCAAAAUGAUCUACAGCAUGUAAGUUUCAUAAAUAAGUUUAAAUGUUUUAAAAAUUUUGUAGGCUUUUUUAUUUAUAUCAAUAUGUGCUUUUCAAACAAUAUUUUUCGUUGUUUUUUCUAUAUUUUUCUCAUGUUUUUGA